AUGCUGUUCCUUCCUAUCUUCGCUAUCCUCGCUUUCAUCACUUCCGUCCUCGCAGGUUCCGGAUCAAUCACCAAGCCUGCCAAAGGCACGUCCAUUAUGCCCGGCCAGUCAUUUGCCUUCCACUACGAUGGCAUGGCAGAGUAUAGCGUCUCCGGCUACAACUACUCCGUGUGGUUGUUCACAUCCCUGCCAUUCGCUUUUCUACCUUCGCAGAGUUUCGGGGCAGGCCAUUUCUUCGGUCGCUAUAAUUAUGCCAACUACCCCGGUGUUCCGUAUGCGACCAACCCAGCACCAGCCAACUUCACCAUGCCGGACUUGUCGCAGUCAUAUGGUGGAUUCGGACAAGGCCAAGACGCCAGUGGCGCCACAGUUUAUCUAGCGGUCAUUGAAGAAUAUGCCGCAGGAUCUACGUUUGGCUUGCAAAUGAACCUGGCUACGACGCAGCUCAUGUACAACGGCACGCAGCAUCAUUGA